AUGGCUACCAUCUCCGAGGGCGCAGCUGCGCAAAUAGUUUCUGCAGAGCCGACACGAGACCCCAGCUACAAUGACUUCACCUUCAUGCCCUUCCUACGCAAGAGUUUCGGCUUUGGACUCGCCAGCGAUGUGCCUGUCUGCAAAGCCUACAGCGAGGGACACUGUCCCUUGGGGCCUGCGUGCCCAGAUCGCCAUCCUACCCCGUCACGCGUCACUACCUCUACCACCACAGCAUCCGGAAUGGCACCGUCAACAACACACGGGUCGCUGGUUUGCAAGCAUUUCCUGAAGGGUCUUUGUAAGAAGGGCUUGAAAUGCGAAUAUCUCCAUGAAUACAACUUGCGACGGAUGCCAGAAUGCCAGUCCUUUUCACGAUCCGGAUACUGCACGAACGGAGACGACUGUCUGUACCAGCAUGUCCGCGAGGAGGCACGCUUGCCGCCAUGUGAGCACUACGACCGCGGAUACUGUGAGCUUGGACCUCUUUGCGCGAAGCGACAUGUGCGCCGCCGCCUGUGCGUCUUCUAUCUAGCUGGGUUCUGUCCAGAUGGAAAGGGCUGUGCGAAUGCACACCCCCGGUGGUCGGAAAACCUGCCGCGACCUACAAUGCGCACCGAGAAGACCGAGGAGGAGUUGGAGCGCGAGCGGACACUCAUCCGGGAAGAGCAAGAGCGAGAGAAGGAGCGGGAAAGAGAAUGGAGGAACGAACGUGGACGAGGUGGUGGAUUUGGACGGGGCCGCUUCCGUGGGCGUGGAAGGGGUUAA